AUGUUGGGAAGAACCGACAUCGAGGGAUCAAAAAGAAACGUCGCUCUGGACUUUUGGCUGCCACAAACCAAUUAUUCGUGCGGUGACUUCUCUGGCGCCUUUUAUCGGAAAUCAGCAAAGCCGAAUGGAUCGAUAGGGCUUGCUGUCAUUGUCUGCAUUCGUUCUGAAGAAGCAAAGUCAGCGGAGGUUUUGUCCUUCAUGAGGUUUCUAUACUCACUGUGCUCUCCUUAA